AAAGGAACAUUUUGCAGGACCUGUUGACGAAAACUCAUCAUUACAUUGGCUCAACCCAGCGAGCAUUACAAGCAAUCGCUUUAAGAGAGUGCCUUGCAGAGAGGCGGCUUUCCCAACUUACGCCUCAACCAUGGCGGACGAUCUCGACAACGAACUCCUGGGCCUCGUCAGCGACGGCGAGGAGUCUGAAGACUCCGGUGAUGACUUUGGCAGGCUCGAGGCAGAUGUUGAAGGUCGAGCUCCCAGCGCAGAGCCGCAUCAGAGCGUCGAGAAGACAGAAGAGCCGCCAGAGCGUCGGAAAGGCGUCGCGCAAAAGGUGAAGGCCAGGCGGGGCAAGCGUAAGGCGAGGCAAGAGAGCGAAGACGAAGAUGACGCAGCCUCGCCUUCUCCGGAACCUGACCACGCCGACGCCUUGGGCGAGUCGGACGGCGAGGCCGACGCGCCUGGCGAAGCAGACGAUGAGGAGGCGACCCUCUACCCUUAUGAGGGCCAGUACCUCAAUGCCGCCGAUAAAGAGAGUGUCCAGGCCCUGCCCGAACUCGCCCGUGAAGAGAUUCUCGCCGAGCGCGCCCAACAGGUCACCAAGCGCAUUCAAGAUUUGCACCUUAAAAAAGCGCUAGCCAGUAGCACCGCAGCUGCUAGUAAGGCCAAGCGGAAAGCGGCUGCUGCAGAGCUCGAUGAGGAUAAGAACAGGAGAAGCACACGGCCGAGGGUGGAGAAGAGGUCAGCACUCGACGAUUACAAGAGAGCGCGGGAGCAGAAGGGCGCUGAGCGUGAUCGCCUGGCCUCCACUCGAGAUCGAAGAGACAGCCGUUCGCCUUCCCACCACGGCUCUGACCGAGACGCCGAUGGUGACAGCGAGGUCGAGUGGGCAGCAGAGCCGGAGCGAAAGCACGAGCCUCCGGCCGAACUGAAGGACUUCGACCGCUGCAGGAUCGGCCGCUCGGCUUUUGCAAAGGUCUGCUUCUAUCCUGAGUUUGAGAAGCUCGUCACUGGAUGCUUUGCCAGGGUCAGUAUCGGCCUGAACCGCGAGACAGGUCAGAACAUGUACCGCAUGGCGCAGAUCAAGGGCUUCACUGUUGGUAAGCCCUAUCAACUAGAGAACUCUGCCGGCAAGCCUUUCACCACCGAUCAGUACGCCGUAGUCGCGCAAGGUGCAUCAGAGAAGCCUUGGCCAUUCUCCGCAUGCUCAGACAGCAAACUCACCGAGGUGGAGUUCGUACGCUUCAAAGACACCCUUAACAAGGAGAACAUGCGCAUACCCAGCAAGAGAUUCCUUGGCAAAAAGUUGGACGAUAUCACUCAGCUGCUGCAGACUCAAUUCACCGAAAAGUCGCUGCAAGAGAAGUUUGCCAAACAGAGAGCAAUUCAGCUCAAGUACGACCCAGUUCACCAAGCUAGAGAGAAGCGGAAGAACAUCGAGCGACGCCGCGCUGAAGCUGAAGAAGCGCAAGACGAGGAGGAAAUUGCUCGCUGCGAUGCUGAGCUCGAAGCACUCGACAAUGGCUCUGCCAACGGUAUCAGUGCGGUCAAGGCCAAGGCAAGCCCAGUCAAGCCAGUUGACCAGCAUCACAAGUUGGCUAUCCUGAAUCAGACAAAUCGAAAGAAGACGCAGAAUGAAGUUCGCCAGGCACUCAUUACGGAGAGGAAGAAGCAGCUGAAGGCACGAGAAGUCGAGCAAGCCAAAAAGGCUGCUGAGGCAAAAGCCAACACCGAGGCCAAAGCGGCCGAGAGACGAAAGUCGAAUUUGGAGCUUUUUGGCGAAGACACUCCAGGCACCAGUCGUGCCGGGACGCCGAUGAACGGAGCUGAUACGCCUAAGAGACGUGCCGGCACACCGUUGGUUGGCUCCCAGGAAAAGGGACCUCUUGGUGCGCUCAAGAAGAAGAACAUGGACGACGAUGUCAUCGGGAGCAUGGAUCUGGGCAUUGAUAUUGACAUUUGAGAAAAGCGCCGGUCAUUUUGGUUUUAGAAUAAGGAUUGUUAGCGAUGGCGCACUAAGGCUCAAACUCGGUCAUAUAAGACUAGAAGAAUGCUACCGUAGAUGUGGG